AUGCUCCCCCUCGUGCGCGCAAUCGAGUCGAUCUCUGGCAGUGCGUCCGCAACGUUGACGACUGCUUCGACGGGCCUGUUGCACAUCUCUGGACAGCCACGCUCUCCCGUGUCGGGGGAGGUUCCCGCACACCACGACUCCCAAGUUCUUCUCUUGCUCUUGAACCUCCACCAGGCCCUGUUAGCAGUCGGUGGCUCUAUUGCUGGCAUCACUCGCCUGACCCUCUACAUCGUCAACUAUAACCCCCAGCAACACCAACAAGCCCGUCACGUCCAGCGUUUCCUGCGCUCCCACAACCCCAUCAUCACCUCGUUCCUGUCCCUCAACUCGCAGAGCCUGAAUGGCGAUUCCUCGUCGACGCUGAAGCUGUCAUCUCCCCUGCCGUUUCGCGGUCAGUGCCCACCGGCGAACAGGAGGCAUGGGAUGUCAUUAUCCUCGGCGCUGGUCUGUCCGGUCUCACGGCGGCUGAUCAACUCAUACACUUACGGAUACUUCACGAAAGCAAUGCUGGUUUUCAAAGCCCUUUUGGGUUGA